ACAUAACACACGCACGUUUUGUUUUUAUUAAUUGGCUAUAAUAUCGUUUGUGAUAUAUAUUUUUAUCUUGGGGUAUCUGAAAUUUUCACUUGCAAUAAAAGAAAUGUUAUUAACAUUGAGUAAAAGCGACAACACAACAGACAUGUCUCGUUUGCUUAGGUACAGCAUUAGUCCAAACGCGCAAAAAACUACGGCAAAUUUUGCCCAAAGAAUUAUUCCUUCUGCGUUUUAUUCGAAAAAGGAAAUUCCUGCCGUACCACCGAAGAAACCGAAUACUCCAAAAGGAAAAUUGGACGACGAUUCUACGAUUACGUCUUCUACUAAUGCAUAUGAACCGUUCCCCAACAAUGUAAAUCCUAAAACUGGUGAAAUAAAUGGUCCCAGGGGACCAGAACCUACAAGAUAUGGAGAUUGGGAGCGAAAAGGAAGGGUGACCGACUUCUAAUUGCAAACACUUUGGUUUUCAAAUGCAAAUGACUUUACAAUCUAUUCUCAAUUGAUCAUUCUAGGUUUAUUGGGAACUUUUUUAUUGUUAUUGACUUAUUUGUUUGUCGUUGCGAAACAGUUUAGAGGCUACAUCAUGAAUGUCCCAUGGUACACUAUAUGACUUCAUUCACAUUUAGCUAUCAUUUUUUGAAGUAUGAAACUUUCUUAUGGGACCCUUUAUUUCCAAUUGCAUCAAGUUAUGCAUUCAAAUAUUUUGUAUUUGGUUCUGCAACUCAAUGGCAUCUGACUUCAUGCUUUCUGAACAUUUAACAUGAAUUGGGUUCCUCGUACAAGUUCAUUAUUCCUCCCUAAUAUGUGAACCCGAAACUCAUAUUUGCACUUGGAGAAAUAAAGACUUUAUUCAA